AAAAAGAAAUGGCAAAAAAGAAAAGGGCCCCUUUGUUUGAUGGCAUCUGUUUACAGAGUUUACUCUUUCAUCUCAACCUGCUGUUUCCUCCUCCCCUCUCCGGCUCCCGAGGAGUUUUGCAGCCGAGGAGGAGCUCCUCUUAAGCCGAGAGAGAGAGAGAGAGAGAGAGAGCAAAGCCAAAGCCAGCCAGCCUCCCAAACCCUUCCUCCUCCUCCUCCUCCUUCCUUAGACCCACUGGCUUGACUUACACUUUCCCCCAGAGACUCAUGCAAGGAUGGCAAGGAGACCUAGGCACAGCAUAUACAGCAGUGAUGACGAGGACGAUGAUCUCGAGGUGUAUGAUCAUGACUACGAUGGUCUGCUGUCCAAGGGUGGAAAACGUCAUUUAGGGAAAACCCGGUGGACCCGGGAAGAGGAUGAAAAGCUAAAGAAACUUGUGGAGCAGAAUGGCACAGAAGAUUGGAAAGUUAUUGCCAAUUUCCUUCCUAAUCGAACAGAUGUACAGUGCCAGCAUCGGUGGCAAAAGGUUCUAAAUCCAGAACUUAUCAAAGGCCCAUGGACUAAAGAAGAAGAUCAACGGGUAAUAGAGCUUGUGCAGAAAUACGGCCCCAAGCGUUGGUCUGUCAUCGCUAAGCAUUUGAAGGGAAGGAUCGGAAAACAAUGUAGGGAGCGGUGGCACAACCAUCUGAAUCCAGAAGUUAAAAAAACCUCCUGGACUGAAGAAGAAGACAGAAUUAUUUACCAAGCACACAAGAGGCUGGGAAACAGAUGGGCAGAAAUUGCAAAGUUGCUGCCUGGAAGAACUGAUAAUGCUAUCAAGAAUCACUGGAAUUCUACAAUGCGUCGAAAGGUUGAACAGGAAGGUUAUCUUCAGGAGUCUUCCAAAGUCACCCAGUCUUCCAUAGCCACAAACUUUCCGAAGAACAACCAUUUAAUGGGCUUUGCUCACACUCCAGCUUCUGCACAUCUGCCAGAAGACACCCAAACCCCAGUUAGAAAUGACUACUCCUAUUACCAUAUUUCUGACACACAAAAUGUCUCUCCUCAGAUCCCCUAUCCAGUAGCACUUCAUGUAAAUAUUGUUAAUGUUCCCCAGCCAGCUGCAGCAGCCAUUCAGAGACACUAUAAUGAUGAAGAUCCUGAGAAAGAAAAGCGAAUAAAGGAAUUAGAGUUGCUACUAAUGUCGACUGAGAAUGAACUGAAAGGGCAGCAGGCAUUACCAACAGAGAAUCACACAUCAGAUUACCAAGGAUGGCACAGCACCACAAUUGCAGACAGUACCAGAACUAGUGGUAAUAGUGCACACAUUUCCUCUUUGGGAGAACAUCACCACUGCACUCCAUCUCCGCCAGUGGAUCAUGGUUGCUUGCCAGAAGAAAGUGCAUCUCCUGCAAGGUGCAUGAUUGUCCACCAAAGUAACUUCCUAGAUAAUGUGAAGAAUCUCUUAGAAUUUGCGGAAACACUUCAGCUAAUAGAUUCUGAUCCUUCAUCAUGGGGUGAUCUCGGCAGUUUUGAAUGCUCUGAAGAAGCAGACACCUCGCCUAGCCAAGCUCCCUCAGGCAAAACACUUCAGCAAACAGAGGCCAAUGUCUGUAGGCCUGAUGGACACCCUCUUUCAAACCUGAGCAAAGCCAUGUUGAGUCAGGAUUCCCUUGCCUUAUCAAAAGCCUUGAGUGGCUCAAAAUAUGGCACAGCUCCGUUGAUCAUUCUGCGUACAAAGAGAGGGCAUCCCAGCCACUUAGCCAGUGACCAUAAUAAGUCCAUCCCACAUGCUGAUGUCAGCAGCUCAGCUCCCAGGCGUUCCCCUGACAAAAGCCUGCCAUUCUCUCCCUCACAGUUUUUGAACACCUCAUCCAGCCAAGAAAGUCUGGACCUGGACAAUCCUCCUAUAACAUCUACUCCCCUCUGUACUCAUAAAGUCACUGUUACAACACCUUUCCACAGAGAUCAAGCAUUUAAGACACAGAAGGAAAACAGUGUGCUCAGCUUCAGAACUCCAGCUAUCAAAAGAUCAAUAUUGGAAAGCUCUCCAAGAACACCUACUCCAUUUAAAAAUGCACUUGCAGCUCAAGAAUUCAAAUAUGGCCCUUUAAAAAUGCUGCCUCAAACACCUACUCAUCUUGUAGAUGACCUGCAGGAUGUUAUCAAACAAGAGACUGAUGAAUGUGGCAUUGCCUCUGGUUUACGUGAAAAUGGAUCUCCUUUGGUAAAGAAAAUCAAACAGGAGGUGGAGUCUCCAACAGGUAAAGCCGGAAACUUUUUUUGCUCAAAUAGUUGGGAAAGUGAAGGUUUGAACACACAGCUCUUCACGUAUACGUCUCCAGGAGAAAAUGUGCCAAAUCUACUUACCAGUUCUGGUUUGAAGAUGGCUGCUUCAGAAGAAGAGGACAACACACAUAAAUUAUUCACAUUACAUAGAAAUAGAUCAUCAGGUAGCCCACUUCAGCAUUUUAGCAACACAUGGGAUUCAGCAACCUGUGGGAAGACUGAGGAUCAACUGUCCUUCUCUGAUCCAGCACGCAAAUACAUGAAUGCCUUCUCAGCUCGAACUCUGGUCAUGUAAACGGGUCUUCCAGCAAGCAUUAUGUUUUCUUUUCAAAACACUUCCAGUUAAUUUGGAUUUACCAUUCCUCAACAGUGGGAGAAAAGCCUGUUUUAUUGUUGUUGUUGUUGUGGUACAACAUUUGGGAGCAGCACAAAGUGCAUAUAGUCACAAAAGCAUAUAUGUAUAGAAUAUUCAUGUUGGAUUUCACCCAACUUUAAAAAAAGAAAUAAUUCUGUUUAUUGCUGAUGCUUACCUAAAUAUUAGUUUCUGAGAUUUAUGCAAUUAAUUAUUAAUAAUAUGAAUGAAAUUCUUUUUUUAAAAAACACAGUGAUUUUUAAGUGAUUAAAAAAAGACUUUUUGGGAGAUCAAAUGAAACAGUAUUAAUUCAGUGAGGAGUUGCUACACAAGUUUCGAUGCUUUUCAAGCCCCCCUCCCCCUUUUCUAAGAGCUGGCACUCAGAUCAGCAGCUUAUUCUAAAGCAUUGAACAAAUGUCUUGGUAUAAAAUACUGCGAGAAAAGCAUUACCAUAAAUGCUAAUGUUAAGGUAUCAGCUGAGAGCAUACCAUGACUGAAUGCUGACACAGCUAUACUAUUUGAAGUACUGUUCCAUUUGUUAGAGCUCUAGACUGUUUAUAUGUGUGUUUUGUUGUUGUUUCAGUUAGCUUGCUUUAAAAAUUAUUACUGUAUGAAACAUAGUUUUAUGAGAACAAAUUAUAUUUUUAUUCAGUAAUUUAAUUUUGUAAAUGCCAAAUGGAUACUGUGGGUUUUGUUCCAUUUUGUUUGGGGAUUUUGUUGCUGCUACAAAUUUACAGCAUGUAGAUGAGCUACUUAAGAGCCAUGGAUUUUAUUAAAAAGUAAAACCCGGGGGCUAGAUACCUUGACUAUGCACUAGCAUUUCUUAUUUUUGAAACAAAAAAUACUGUUUUGCCCUGCCCCACCCUUUUUACAAGCAAUACUUUGAAACACUUCUUGGGAGAUUUUAUGUGCCUACCUGUAUGUAUUCUAAUUGGUUUGCAACAACACAGAAUGCAAACUUCAAACAUUUGGGAGAAUAUAGUCUUGCUUGUCUUUCUGUCUCAUGUUUAACGUAACAGUCCCUCAUUUGGACUCCAAACAAAACUUCAGGUUGUUUGUUUUCUAAAAUAUAUGGCCUUUUGGACUGCCAUAUCAAGAUUUUCCCCAUACUAAGAGAAGAUUGCUUUUUUUUCUUAUUACAAACUAUGACUCUGCUGCCUUAAUAGAAUUAGGUGCAGCCUUGUCUGCACUUAACUUUUUUAAUACACUGUACUGCCUUGUAGAUAAAUAAAGUGUGUUGUUUUUUUAAAAACUUA